AUGCCCAAAACCAGCCCUGGCAGCGCCAGCUCGUUUAGAUACAGGUGCCUGGGGCUUUCGCCCUUGUCGCUGACGAGGGGUAGGUGGAACGGGGAACACUCCUUUCUUUCCGAUACUGGUGACUGUGAGUGCGUCUGGAGGGAUGGGGGUGCAGAGCCUACCGCUUCGCUCGUUAGGGAACAAAUUGCUGUUUUGGCCCUGGCGGCUCCUCUGGGCGCGGGCGGCAGCCGCGCUCUCUGGCAAAUCGUGGGAGGGAGGAGGAGCGGCGCUGGGAGGCAAGUCCGGGGGACCGUCGCAGCGCGGGAGGCCAAGAAGCGACGGCCGCCCCGGGCCCGGCUCCGCCCCGCCGGGAAGGGGCUCCCUGCAGCCGUCCCCCGGCAGCUCUCCACGCGGCGCCGCGAGGAGCUCUCCAGGACUGAGCUGGGUGAGGAGCGGGGCUCGGCCUUCCUCGCUCCCCCGGUGCCAGGACCCGCAUGCACAAGCUCCUGCUUGCGGGGGCACCUCAUAAGAGCAGCUGGAUCCAUUUUCCAGAGAGUCAAGUUGAGGAUGAGAAAGUCUCGAGGGCCGGACAGCUGUGCGCGCAGAACCCCCGCCCCAUCUGCUUUUAGAUUUCCCGGGUGUGGCUGGAGCCCCUCUAGAGCGCCGGCCUCCGCUGGGCGCCGGGCCUUCACCUGCGCCUGUCGCCCUGUCCCCUUGCCCACUGCAUUUUCCUCGGGAAGAGCAUCUUCCACAGCUUGCGCCCCCCACCCCACACGCUCCGAGCCCUUCUCCCAUUCCGCCGGGGGAGGAGCGGCUGCUAGGAGGCUCUCGGAGAGCCCCGGGCUGCAGAGAAAGACGCCUCCCCUCUGCGGCUGAGCCGAGUCAGCGGGAGGGGCCGGCUGCUCGCCAGUGGUUCUCCGAGGGACUGGCGGGGAGGCCCGCGGGGUAGGAUCAGGGCGGUCGCCGCCUCCCCGCCCCCACCGAGGUCCCGAAGGGAGGGGAGCCCUCGGCGGGAGG